GGAUUACUCACUGUAUAACGUGAAUCAUAUAUGGAGAUACGUAACCAGAAGUUUGAACUUCGAUCUUGCUAUACUAUACGAGAUGAUGAUUCAUCACCCUGCCCGCAACCGAUUUCGAUGACGAUAAGACUUCUCGUCCGAACUUUGCCAUCCACUCAGGUAAUCGGCCUAUCUGGUAGCGAGGUCUGAGCGUCUACUGUACGGUAUCUCAUUUUUGCCACUGAUCUUUCGGAUCUUUGUGCUGUACACCAUACCUCACGCAUCACGCCAGUCUCUCAGCCUACACUAGGAUACUAGUAUUCAACGGUCAAGUUCUCCAUCAUGUCGACCUUAGAAGAGCGACACAUUACCCAUCCCGCUCAGCUACAGGAGCCGGACGUGGCCAGACAGCCGCCCGACUUGAAUAACUCAGGCUGCAUGCCGCUUCGUCGUCGCUUUGUCGCACUCCGGCUCACCCUUGUUGCCCAACAGCUGUCCGGCUUCAAUCUGGCGGAUGCCCCCGGCUCACAAACGGCAACGACAACACAGUAUGGACCGCCCCUCCGCCUCGCCCUGCUUCAGCCGCUGGCAGAUCCGGCCAUGUUCGCCGCAUGCCGCCGCAUGUCGGACAAAAUCCUCGACAUCUCGGCCCUAGACCGGGCGUGGCGCCGCGCAACGAGCCGGGCGCCACCCCCGUUGCGGAUAACCUUCGACUUGCGUCUCCCAGAGCCGCUGGUCGACGGCCAUCCGUUCCGCUGGGCUCAUCGUGGAUGGUCGGGUGGAAAAGAACCUUAUUCUAUAAUGGAGAGUGAGGUGAAGCGCCUGGUCCUAUCCAUCGCCAUUGUGGUGCGGGCGCGGGUGAAGAAGGGAGAGUUGCGUCUUGCACUCAUCUAUGAUGGUGACGAAGAGGUGGCGGAUUGCACGGCCUCUCCCGGUGCUAUGAAGACGUUGAGCUCGCUGCUCGAAGGCAUCGCAAACUUCUAAGGCACAGAGACCGUGAGACCCGGUUUCAGUGGAGGUUGGAAGUCAACGAGGAAUUGGUGGUGUUGAUGACGGUUCGGUGAUGGCUAAAGAACCGGGUUAUGUGGGCUGCGGAAGGGCUAAUUAAUAAGGGCCGCGGCGAGGUAGUAUCAUUAGGAGUACUGGGUGGUAACUUGGUAUAGCUACUUGGUUAAUGUUGGUUAAUUAAGGAUACAUCUUUCAGGGACCUAGCUAGGUGUACGUGCGUAAGGUACGGAUAGCUUGAAUGAAAAAUACGUUGGAC